CGGAUGGCGCUGGAAGGCCCAAUGGGUCCAUCGGCUGCGAUGCCAUGAGAGAUCUGUGGGUGUUGUCAUCAUUUCAUCGUCAUGCCGAUGGGCUCGGCUGCCAAGAGCUUGACGCCGCUGGAGGUGGUCUCGAAGAGGUCCGUGCAGGUGAUUGGCAUCUGCAGCUUGUGCGCAGCCUUCACACUCAACUACCUCUGGGUCGAAUCGGUAACCACACACACAACCACACACAGGCAGCUAGACAGACAGGCAGACAGACAGGCAGACAGGCAACACGAUGGGCCGGCAGCAACUGUCUGCCGGUCCGUCUGGGACUGGUGGUUGCUGAUGCGAUGAUUCACUGCAGGGCCGCCGGCGUGAGGAGCAGCUGCUUCGGGCUGAUCUGAGUCAGGCGAGGAAGCUCAACGACGAGCUGAUCCUGAAGGUGUCAGAACUCAAGGCCGAAAACAGUACUCUGAAGAAAAGGCUGCUGGACAUUAUGCGGGAAAGGACAAGGUGGUGGUAGCCAGCCACCGACAUGCCUGGUGCACGAUGGAGCACGGGACGCGCAGGACAGCGGACACAUGGCCUCUUGUUGUGUGUGUGGUGGUGUGUGCCGAUCAGAUCUUGUGUAUUCAUGAGUCGGCUGACAUGCGUUUUGAUGAGAUGCGAUGGCUCAGCCACACUUGCUUGCUGCGUGCGGCUGCCCUUUGGCCUGGUGACUGAUUGUGCCGACUGCCUGUACAUAUGUGCGUGUGGCGCUUCAAUGCCGACUCUCUUGCCCUCGUGCUGCUGCUG